ACAGACGGUGAGACAACAUUAGAAGAAGGUGCCGCGUCGAACCUAAUUUAAGGAUUUUUUGUGUUUAUAUUUGGAAUAAACGACGGAUAACGACGCGAGGAUAUAAAGCACUCGCUCGAUACCGACCCGGCCAUGGCACAGGAUAAAAGUGGAUACGUCCCCAUCAUGGACAACUCCCCGCCCCAGAACUACGGAUACGGUCAGCCGAACCCCGCCGGAUUCGUCCUGCCUCCUCCAGACUACACCGUGAUGCCCGUUGGACCCGUUGGCCCCCCCUUUCCACCUCCCGGUGCUUUCGGGCACCCCAUGUAUGGUCAGGGUGCGCCUGGGUAUCCGCCGGCUGCUCUUCCAAAUAUGAGCCCUUACGGGCAGGCACCUCCGAAUCAACCUCCCUACAACCCCGCGCCCCCGAAUCCAACUCCGUACCAGUACGCCCCGGAUCAGCCAAACGAAUUCCUUCGGAGUGACGAGCCGCCACCGGACUACAGCAACGACGAGAUCAUGAUGUCCGGGUUCGAUGACAAAAUCAUCAGACGCGCGUUCAUCCGCAAGGUCUUCCUGGUCCUGACGGUGCAGCUCCUGGUGACAUUUUCCGUGGUAGCUCUGUUCACCUUUCAGCGGGACAUCAAAUUAUUCGUGAUUCGUCACAGCUGGACCUACUACGUCUCGUACGUCGUCUUCCUCGUCCCGCUCAUCGCCAUCAGCUGCUGCGGAGACUUCCGGCGCAAGCACCCGUGGAACCUGGUGGCUUUGUCGGUUCUGACUCUCAGCAUGUCCUACAUGACCGGUGUGAUCGCCAGCUUCUACGACACAGACGCCGUGAUCAUGGCCGUCGGCAUCACGGUCGUGGUUUGCUUCACCGUGGUGAUCUUCUCUCUGCAGAGCAAGUACGACUUCACUUCCUGCGCUGGAGUGUUGUUCGUGUGCGUCAUCGUGCUGUUCAUCUUCGGCAUCCUGUGCAUCUUCAUCCGUAACAAGAUCCUGCACAUCGUGUACGCCUCGCUGGGCGCGCUGGUCUUCACCUGCUUUCUGGCGGUGGACACACAGCUGCUCCUGGGGAACAAGAAGCUCUCUCUGAGCCCUGAGGAGUACGUCUUCGGAGCUCUGAACCUCUACCUGGACAUCAUCAACAUCUUCCUGUACAUCCUGCAGAUCGUGGGCAGGAGCCGGAACUAAAUCCGGAUCAUAGAUAAAAAUAUAUAUAAACACACGAGUCUUCAUGUCCGCACACCGACCCCCCACGUCUAUCCCAUGAUUCCAAGCGGCUCGGUAUAAAAACAUUCAUAUUUCUGCACUUUGUUUUUCGUCACACACGCGUCUGAAUCGGAACCCGGAGCCGGCACGUUAGCACGUAGCGAACAAUCACGAUUGCAGUAAACAGGAUCGUUUGGUUAAAUAUUUCCCCAAAUAUGGUGUGUGAUGAUGCUGUAAAGCAUGCAAGCCCAUCGAUCUCAUCUCUAUACAGGCAGCGAUCGGUUCGUCUGCUGCAAUUACGACCUCUGCUGGCUGAUCGAAGUGGUCGGUACUGCACACGUCACAGGAGUGCAGCAGUAGAGCCGCAGUGCGAUCAGGGAAUUGGAUACGACUACAUUAAUCCCCAAUUAUCAUUACAUGAAAGGUAUUAAAAUGAAUAUUUAAAAAUGGUCCCUGGUAAUAAACGUGAAUAUUUGAGUUAUAAGAAGUAAACAGAUAUCAGUUCUUGAACGUUUUGGACCCAGUACUCGGCUCCGUGGCUCCGGUAGUCCCAACAAACCAAUCGUAGGGCACAAAUAUCCCACGGCACCUUCCCGGUCUUGGUGAUGUUCUAAAAAGUGAUUUGCUCGUUUUGUUUUGUAACGUCGGUGAUAACGAGAUGAUAAAAGCAGUUCUGUGUCGAUUUACUUUUUUGUUUUGCUAAAAAAAGAUAAGAAACUAACUUUAGGCAGCAAGCGUCUCGUCUGAUUGAGCACGUGUGAGUAAGUCUGGAUGCUUUUGAUUUCCUUUAAACAUCGUUCAGAUUAUGUGAAGCAAAAAAAUGACCACUUUUUAAUCCUGAGCUUUUAAAACUCUGAUUCUUUUCUACUUCUGCUGUGUUUUCUUUAGAUAGAUAGAAAUGCUGAUGUAGUUCUAGAACAGAACGUGUAUGUUUUCGUUUUGUCGUGUCGUGUUACUCGUUAUUUACUCCAGUAAUCACUUCUUGUGUUACGUUUGAUGAACCUGAUUUCUGUAGAAUGAUAAAGAUGUUUAGUUUAAUGACGGUUGUUGGAUCAGCCGUGGUUUAGUUCCCUCAGUUUCUCUUCUAUUCCAGAUAGUAAUCUGCAUUCGUAAUGUCACUCAUACCUCCAGUAUUUUCAUCUAGAAUUAAUUAAAGGUGGAAUAAAGAGGAUCUUUUUCCCGUC